AUGAGUCUUAUUGGUGAAUUAACUUACUUUCUUGGUUUCCAAGUCAAACAAAUGGAUGACACUAUCUUUAUCUCUCAAAGAAAGUAUGCUAAGAGUAUAGUAAAGAAGUUUGGCAUGGAAAAUGCUAGUCAUAAAAGGACACAUGCCCCAACCCACUUGAAGUUGACUAAAGAUGAAAAAGGUGUAAAUGUGGAUCAAAAUCUGUACAGGAGUAUGAUUGGUAGUUUGUUGUAUCUUACAGCUAGCAAACCUGACAUUACAUUUUUUGUAGGAGUUUGUGCAAGGUAUCAGUCUGAACCAAAAAUGAGUCAUAUUACUCAAGUGAAAAGGAUUUUGAAAUACAUCAAUGGGACUAGUGACUAUGGAAUAUUGUAUUCUCAUAAUGAAAAUUCCUUGCUUAUAGGAUACCGUGAUGCAGAUUGGGCAAGUCGUGCUGAUGAUAGAAAGAGCAUUUCUUGA